GGCAGCCCUCAAAUGCAGCCCUGCCAUGACGUUUCUAUCGCGCAAUCAGCUGUGAAGUUGCCGCUUUCUUUUUUCGUAUCCGGUUCACGCAUUUGCUGCUGAUCGACCUCACACUGCAGAAUGGCUCCCAGAAAGGCUAAAGUUCAGAAGGAGGAGGUGCAGGUCCAGCUGGGACCCCAGGUGCGCGAUGGCGAGAUCGUCUUCGGAGUGGCCCACAUCUAUGCCAGCUUCAACGAUACCUUUGUGCACGUUACUGAUUUGUCCGGGCGCGAAACCAUUGCCCGCGUCACCGGCGGCAUGAAGGUCAAGGCUGAUCGCGACGAGGCUUCUCCCUACGCCGCUAUGUUGGCUGCUCAGGACGUUGCUGAGAAGUGCAAGACCCUUGGGAUCACUGCCCUGAACAUCAAGCUGCGUGCCACUGGCGGCAACAAGACCAAGACCCCCGGACCCGGUGCCCAGUCCGCUCUGCGCGCUCUGGCCCGCUCUUCGAUGAAGAUUGGUCGCAUUGAGGAUGUCACACCAAUUCCAUCCGAUUCCACCCGCAGGAAGGGCGGUCGUCGUGGUCGCCGUCUGUAAACGUCUGUUCAUUGCUUGUUCCGCACACGUUAUAUCGGCCCUGUCGCAUAUAAAUGGUAGAAUAGAAGAAGCAAGGCGCUGCGUUAUUUUUUUUAUAUGACUAUGAAUACAUCUGAUAAUGUAGAGGAAAUACAAAAAAUCUGAAAA